AUGCGCGCAAGCCGACUAAAUCCCGUCACUGACAUUUUUCUGGAUAACCAUGCGGAUGGAGAAUGGAAUACACCUUUGCGACAACCAACUGAGUUCGAGCGUGAGACUUCACGCAAUAAAAUCCGACCAUUAGAGCUGCAUCGUAGAGAACAGUUGUCUUUCGAGGAGACAGUUUCACGCCUCAGGAAAGGAUGGUCGCUACGGACCAGACAGUCACUGCUGACACCCUGGACACUAGUAAACCAUAAGAGCGUAGGAUGCGCAGCCCAGUUCAACCCAAGUGAACAACAGAAGGCAUGUUGUGGCAGCAAUCUUAGUGGACGGUUUCCAAGCGUAGCGUCGAACCGCGUAUGUUUGGAUAGGAAAGGGAACGUUUGUGUUUAUAAACGUCGUCGGAGUUAUGCUCCUGAAGUGGCUAUUGAUUUGCUGGAUCUUCCCUCUGUCCCAUGCCGUGUAAUAUUUGAGGGGAAUAGAACAAAACCAGAAUCCAGAAAAAGAAGACACCGGGCUUUUAAAGUCAACAUAACCGAGUUGGAUCAGUUUAUCGCGUCCAGACGGCCUCAGCAUGUGCAAUUGCGUGAUCAAACUAAUGAAGCCUUAGACGAUCUCUCACGUGCAUCGCCUAUGGCCUUGCCCCCAGUGAGGCCUAUUCACAAAACUACCGAGAAAACACUCGACACCCUUUGGGCAAAAAUUUCCUCAAAGUUUGUUGAAAACCCUUAUGAAUGUGCCACCCAUCCUCAUUCUCCUCGAUCAGCUUUUCAUGUCUCGGAUAUACGGAACAACUCGAACCCGAAACCAGGCCGUGAACAAGGAAGACAGAAGGUAGACUUGGAUUACUUGAACAGGCAAAUAAAACAUGAUUGCUUACCUCUGACGUUACCUUCAUGGGAAUGA